CCCAUAAGCGCCUUGUAAUUUGAUGACGAAAAAAUUGCCAACAUGUCAACACGAUUAGAAAUUAAUUUUACUCGCCUUCUAAAUCGUUGCGAGACUAUAGCUAGCCAAAAAGAUACGUGGGAUUGGCGGCUGGAAAAGUAUGUUGAAGCCCUCCAUGAUCAGCUGAGUGAAAUGAAGAGAACAACAAGCAAGCCUAGCCAAGAUGUCAUUCUAGAAUACACAAGACGUGUAGACUUCCUGAAAGGCCUCCUUGAAGCUGAGCAAAAGGAAAACAUAACUGAUAAAGUUCUAGCUACGGAGAGACUGGCCCCUGUUUUGAACCAUCACAAGGGGUCAGGCGUGGCACCAAAAGAGGUCCACCUGACGGUCAAGUCGAGAUUACAAAAGGACAUGAGAUCCGAGUUACUCGGCGACAGUGAUGGAAACAUUGAUAGUACGAGUGAUGGACUACGUCAGAGGCGGCCAGCUGAUGAUGGUGACAUUGACGCAGUGUUAAAACACCAUCGCAAAGUGCACGAACGAUUGGCGGAAGAACUCUUACAUCACACGCUCAACCUUAAAGACUUUGCUUAUUCAGCUAAUUCUUUGGUGAAAAAAGAUAUAAAGACCCUUGAUGAUACCAACAAAGUAGCAGACAAGAACCAAGUUGACUUGACGCGGGAAAGUCAGCGACUCGAGGCGAAGACUAAAUCAUGCUCCUGGUGGAUCUGGAUCAUGCUGGUGUUUGUGACACUUGUUUUCCUCUGGAUGAUCGUGCUCAUGCGGAUGUUCCCCGCUAGGUCUUGAUGGCAGAUAUUGCUGGACAAUAUGUGUCAUACUGUCACUUUGAAUGGAUUAAGUUAUUGUUGUACUGGAAAUAUUUCAUUGGAACUUAGUUUUAAUAUUGAGAAGGCACUCAAUAUGAUAUAAAUGACUGUCAGAUAGCUUUGAACAGUUGAAAAAAGUGAUUUUCUUGAAAAGAUAUAUUCAUUGAUCAAUAUUAUUCUGAAGCUUUUAGUGCGUGAACUUAAUCUAAUUUUAGCUUCCUAAACAGGUAUUUGAUAUUACUACAUGAUAUCAGAGAAGUGGGCAAUAUUUUGAGAGGGGAGACAACUAGUGACUAUUUCAAGCUUUGACUCCAUCUGCCUGUUCCCCUUCGUCUGUUAUUGCCUGUGGACAUGCUUGUAAAACGCUUGAUAAUUUGAGAUAGCAGGAAAAAACUGCAUAGUGACUGCCUUUUAUUUUGGCAAUUAAUGCAAACUUUUUUUCAUGGAAUUACAACAUUUACUGUAAAAACAAUUCCAUGUUCAGGGUGUUGAAUGAAGGGUGACUUCAAGGUGGUUCUCACUUGUGUCACCAUGUUCAAUGAUGCAAUCUUCUCAAGAAGCAGAAAAUAGCAUAGUCCUUUGUAGGCUAAGAAAAAUGUUCAUAUAUUUUCUGUCAAAAAGUUAUUUAGAAAUUUACGGUUGUGACAUGUGGUGACCAAUGUGGGAACCCCUUUGAAGUCACGUGAUCCUCACCCAGAUGAUUGAACAUUGAAACAAAAUUAAACAUGCAUCUCAAAGUUUCUCAAUUAAACUGCUCAGCUGGGUUGUGUUAAUGUAUGUGGCUUACCUGAGCACAAGGGGAGAGCGAAAUAGGGCCUUCAUUGGCCUCUUGUUAUCAUUUGUUACCUGCACAUGUUGGUGUUGAUUGUUUAACAAAAUAUUGUGCAAUAAAAAUUAAAAACCAUAA